ACCAAAUGACCUUCUCACAAUCACAAAAAUCAUCAUCAGUUGCGUCAACACACAACACAAGUACACACACAACCGUUCUGUAGCCGCAGGGGAGGGCAAAGCAGCCGCGACCCGCGAGCAGCUGUUGCUUGAGCCGAACCAAAACCAAACCGGACAUGAAGCGGGCCGUCUCCAGCAUCCGCAGCCGCGACGUGGCCCACCUCGCCGCCGCCGCCACCGCCCCCUCGCCAGCGGCGGCGGAGGCGUGGGACGGGCGGUUCCGGCUGCACAAGCCGCGGGGGCAGCACCUGCUCACCAACCCGCGCGUCCUCGACGCCAUCGUCCGCCGCGCCGCGCUGCGCCCGGGCGACGCCGUCCUCGAGGUCGGCCCGGGCACCGGCAACCUCACCGUCCGCCUCCUCGAGUCCCCCGCCGCCCGCGUGUCCGCCGUCGAGAUCGAUCCGCGCAUGGUCGACGCCGUCACCGCCCGCGUCGACGCCCUCGGCCUCGCGCACAAGCUCACGGUGAUCAGGGCGGAUGCCGUGGAGGCCGAGUUCCCGGAGUUCGACGUGUGCGUGGCCAACAUCCCCUACGGGAUCUCCUCGCCGCUCAUCGCGAAGCUGCUGUUCGGCCCCUACCGGUUCCGCGCGGCGACGCUGCUGCUGCAGAAGGAGUUCGCGCGGCGGCUCGUGGCCGCGCCGGGGGACUCGGAGUACAACCGCCUGGCGGCGAACGUGCGGAUGGUCGCCGACGCGAGGCUGCUCAUGGACGUGAGCAAGAGGGACUUCGUGCCCAUGCCCAAGGUGGACUCCUCCCUCGUCGAGAUCCGGCCGAGGGCGGCCGAGCCCAACGUCGACCUCGCCGAGUGGCUGGCCUUCACGCGGUCGUGCUUCGGCCAGAAGAACAAGACCCUCGGCGCGAUCUUCAAGCAGAAGAGGAAGGUCUUGGAGCUCUUCAGGAGAUCCCGGUGCGCGGAGGAACGCUGCGACGGCAAUGCCAAUGCCGGUGGCGGCAGCAGACUCAUCGCACUUGGCGGUGGCGACGACGACGGUGACAUGAGCGACGGCGACAGCAAUGAAGGCCACGACGGAGCACCCAGCUUCAGUGAGGAAGAGGUCGCCGUGUUCAAGGCGAAGAUCACCGGUGCGUUGGAGUCCUGUGAGCUCGCCGGCAAGAGGCCCUCCAAGCUGUCGAACGACGAGCUCCUGCGUUUGCUCAAGUUGCUCAAUGAACAAGGGGUACGGUUUCAGUAGCACUUAUAUCCGAUCAUUGCUCGCCGUUUUUCUACCUCAGCGAGCAGUAGAGCCAAGAACAAGAAGAUGAAGGUUGGCAUGUUGCAGCUGAGGUCAGGUCUCCUGCCAUCCAUGGCGGCCGGUUGCCACAUCAAUACAUCAUGUUCAUGUCAGCCGUCACUGGCAGCUCGUCAGCCACAGGACGCCAGAUUACUUCAAGUAUGCUCGUCAACCGGUCGAUAGAUGUGUUCGGAGAUGUGGAGAAAAUGCUUCAAGUCUCAAGCAUUACAUGCAUGCAACUGUAAAAGCAGUGUGCUACUGAGAGAGACAUCUUGGAUGCUAGAGGAGCAUUAUCCAUGGUUUCCACAUGAUUGAGCACUAUUUGCCAAGGUGAAGUUGGCAUAACAUUUUUAUGAUGUAGCACAUGUUAGUAAUAUCGCCAGUUUUCAUCGAAAUCAAGCAACAGUUCAUGGUAAUGACCGAGCAGAUCAUUGCGUAUGGACAGUUUAUAAUCAGAUGCUCGAUUCUCUGCAAUUCUGCAUACUUUCUGUAGAAAUACCUCAUCCGCGUUACUAGCCAAGGCACAGAAAGCAUGACCAGUGAAAUCAUAGGUCAUAACAUACGAGUCUGGCAUUAAAGUUUGUUUCUCUAUUGUUUCCUUUAUCCGAUGCAACCAUUGUCAAUUUGUCCUAUUUCUAGAAAAGAAAAGAGGUUGUUUUCAGCUGUUGUGUACUGUGCUACUAUGAUAUUAUCAUGCCAAUAUGCCAUCAAAAGCUUAUACACUGUUA